AUGCGGGCACCAUGGGUGGAGGAAGAGGAGGAAGAGGAGGAGGAGAAGGAGAGAGACACCAUGUUGAUUGAUUCGUUGUCCAUGGACAGCAACGAACCCGAUUUUUUCAAUGAUAGGAGUGACGGGAUAGAGAAGACGAUGGAGGAGAUGGCCAUAGGGAGAACAGUUGAUGUAGAUGCCAUAUUUAAUAUUGAGCGCCCCCCAGAGAAUAAAGAGGAAGCUAGCAACAUCACUAUGCUGCCAUUAAGCCCUAUAGAGCAGGCGUGUUUGGAUUUUUGCAUCGAAUUGUUGAACCAGCACAUCACCUGA